AGUUUGAUUCUUUCUGAAGCUGUUCAUUGGUUUAUUGACUGAUUCUACUCUUUUAUUUUACUGGUUGGGCUUGUGUGUAAUGUGUAAAGUAGCAGAUUAGUGGACUUGACUUAGAUCUGAUUGAUUUUUUUUCACAAAUAAAAUUCAAAUAAGUUCUGGAGUCUGUGGAGUUUCUCAGCUACUAUGAAGCUAUUGUAAUUCUCAUAUAACAUUAGGCACUCGGAAAUUUGUGGUAACAAAGCUGGUUUUGGUUGUUUGGAAGUAUGACAAGGAAAGGAACUGCCAAUUGAAGUUUGGAUGCUCUUUCUCUUGCUCUUAAACCUAAAAACUCCAAGGAAUUUCGGAAUAUUGUUGGAUCCAAAAUGCAUCUAUCCAUUUGCGGUGUUGUUAGUGUCAUCGAAGAUACAAAGCUAGUUAAGCAUCCAGUAGUGUGGUAAAAAAGAUGGCAAAUAUGAAAAAAGAGUGAAAUGAGUGUAUUUAGGUAAAACUGCCACAAGUCAUCGUUGUUAUUUAUUUGUGCAAAAGUAUUUACUGUCAGUGACCACAGCCUUAGCUUGAGGAAUACCAGAGCCAUACUAAAGAGAUGUGGUCCCUUGCAUUCAGCUGAAAUGAAGACGUUACAGAGUGGGCAAGAAAUACAAUCUUCAAACCAAGCUAUACAUGAUACACAAGGUGACCAAGUGAAAAACCAAACAAAUGAGGCUCCUGGAACUGAUUCAGCUUCAAUAUCAUCUUCAGGCAAUGACAACAAGAAAGUAUCACGCCAAGAUAUUGAACUUGUCCAGAAUCUAAUAGAGCGGUGUUUACAAUUAUAUAUGAAUAGAGAAGAGGUGGUUAAGACUCUCUUGACUCGCGCAAGAAUAGAUCCUGGAUUUACCACUUUGGUAUGGCAGAAGUUGGAAGAAGAAAAUGCUGACUUUUUCAGGGCCUAUUACAUAAGGCUAAAAUUGAAGAAACAAAUCAUCCUGUUUAAUCAUCUACUGGAGCAUCACUGUCAUCUGUCGAAGUAUCAUCCCAUGCAUCCAAAGGUUCCUUUGGCACCUAUACAGAAUGGGAUUCAUCCCAUGCCUGUUAACAACUUACCUAUGGGAUACCCUGUCCUUCAGCAACCUCCAAUGCGGGCAGCAGGUCAACCCCAUCUUGAUUCCAUGGGAAUAUCUAACUGUCAUGUAGUUAAUGGAGUUCCCGCACCGAGCAAUUUCCAUCCAAUUCGGAUGAAUUCUGGGAAUGAUAUGGUGAUGGACUGCAGUAGUUCUGAUGUGGUUCCUGUAAUUCCACCAAACAGCAACAUGUCAUCCAUGUCCGAAAUUCCUGUAAGUCCUACAUCAGUUGCAUCCAGUGGUCAUUUCCCUUUCACUGCAUCAGAAAUAUCAGGAAUGGGAGUAGACACAUCGGCACUUGAUACAACAUUUACAUCUGAUGUGGCAAGUAAUGGGUUGCAGCUUGGACCCGAUGGUGGGGGUGGCAGAUCACUGGAUCAGAUCCAGUGGAAUUUCAGCCUAUCAGAUCUUACAGCAGAUUUGUCCAACUUAGGAGAUUUAGGAGCCUUGGGAAACUAUCCUGGCUCCCCCUUUCUGCCUUCUGAUUCUGAAAUUCUACUCGACUCUCCCGAGCAAGAGGAUAUAGAGGAAUUCUUUGUCGAUUCUGUCCCCGAGCCACCUUGCUCUCAAUCAGAUGAGGAGAAACCCUAGAUAAAGGUGGGGAAAGUCCCGUUACACUUGAAAUUGAUAGGAAGGAAUAUCACUCCAUUAGAGUUUGUCAUCCACUCACUAAAAGACACUUCAGGGUUCUAUUAUCAGCAGGUUUCAACAUUUCUAGUUAGCUAGUCUGAUCUGUAUUAGCAUACAGAUAGGAAAUUCCUUAUAAUCGACUAGUAUUUGUAAUUUUUCUUUCCAGAAACUUAAUUAUCGGCGAAAGUUGAGGAAUAAUUCAGUUGGUUGUCAUGUAUUUGGAUAAAUUGGUAUGAUUAAUGCUACUUCAAGCAUUAUCAUC